CCGACCGUAACACAGAGGUAUUCACAUCUCCAAGUUAACAUAUCUCAGUUAAACUUGGGAGUCCGGUGCCUAGAACUUGCUUUUCCUCCGUGUAAAAGUGACAAAUUUGCUUUCAUCAUCAUGGCUUUCGUCCUCGCGUUGGGCCUGCUAUUGUCGUCGAGAUUGGUCGUCGGCGAUUUUGGAUACGAUGGCGAUAAUGGCCCGGACAAUUGGGGAGACCAAUGUCAAGGGAAAUUCCAGUCGCCCAUAGACAUAGAAGAGAAGGAUGUUACGUAUCACAGUUUUCCACCGCUGCAAUUUUACGGUGUCUCGGCUUCCCAUAAGGCACGCAUGCUGAACAAUGGGCAUACAGUGAAGAUCGAGAAUUUGGAAUCUCAUUUUCCUGAGAUAUCGGGAGGGCCUCUGAACGGUACCCACGUAUUACAACAAAUACACUUUCACUGGGGUCAGAGCGAUGACCUGGGAUCCGAGGAUCUAAUAAACAAUCAUUCGUACUCUAUGGAGUUGCAUGCGGUUUUUUGGAGGAAGAGUUACGGCACGGCGGACGAGGCGAUGAAACAUGACGACGGCUUGACUGUACUCGGAUACUUGUAUCAGGCCACGGAUACGCCCAAUGCGGAUUUUGAUGCGAUUGUGACGCACAUGUCAGACAUACAACCGGUCAACAGCAACGUAUCAAUCGAUGAUCAGCAAAUUUUAAGCAAACUGAUUCUGCCCCAGUCUUCGACACCGGAAGACUAUUUUACUUAUAAAGGAUCACUGACUACACCCCCUUGCUCAGAGAUCGUUCAGUGGAUCGAUUUCGUGCAGCCUCAAAAUAUCUCCCACGAGCAGCUAGCUGCAUUCCGAAGGAUUCAGUCCAACGAUGGCACGAAUAUAACGCAUAACUUCCGCCCGGUACAACCGUUAGACGGCAGAAUAGUUUAUCGUAACAAGAAGAUGGAUGAAGCUACCACAACUCCGAAGAGCACCACUAAAGAAGAUUCUACCAAGAAUUUGAAACCAACUAGUCCGAUCAACGGAGAACACAGUAUGCAACCUAACGCAACAUCGAAACCGGACAAAAUGGAUAAGCAAGAUAAUAAAAAAUCUGGGCAAGACAGCAUGUGGACCGUGUCACCGUUUGCAGUAAUACUUGGAAUCAUUUUUCUGUUACCAUACCAGUAAUGCAUUGGAAGCUCUAGUCAAGCACCUUCAUCAUUAAUAUAAUCCAAAGUAAUCAAUCUUAAGUAUUUAUAUCAUACGUUUUAUUACAAAACAAACAGACGUAUCUAUGCUCGAAGAUUUUAUCUGAGGAAAAUUUUUAAUCAUGUGUGAACUGAUAGAUAUUUGAUCAUAAAAAUACCUUAAGUAUUGUAUAUAGAACAUAUUAUACUUAAAAAAGUUAUUCUUAUAUCGACUGACAACACAUAGACAUAGACCAUGUUACUCUACCCUUUA